AUGGACGAUGCGGGGUACGCCUUUUCCUUCGAUGACAUGCCUAUCUAUAAUCUCGAGAGUUCUACAGCAAGCUGUGCCUGUGACCACCACUCUUCUAACAAUAAGGUUAACUUGAUCAACUGCGAUGGUCUCAACUUGCCUAAUGUCGAUGGCUCUAAUUUGACCAAUGAGGAGAAGAUGGAGCUCAAAACCCUUCUAGA